UUGAUUUAAGCAGAACACGUUUCCCCUACAUCACUUCCGUUCAUCUGCUGAUCGAGUCAGAAAGACAGUGAAAAUGGCGGCUUUCGGACGAAUUCGUCAAACCCUCCUGCGGUCCCCAGUGUUCCAGACUCGUCAACUCUCUGCCACAGCGGCCCAUGGUCAUUCAGAGCAAACAGCCAGAACAUGGAAGAUCCUCUCCUUUGUGGUUGCCCUUCCGGGAGUUGCAGUGUGCAUGUUGAACAUGUACCUGAAAAUGCAGCACCAUGCUGCGCACCAUGUGGAGCCAGAGUUUGUCCCUUACAGCCAUCUUCGCAUUCGCAGCAAGCGUUUCCCUUGGGGAGAUGGCAACAAGAGCCUGUUCCACAACCCUGAAGUGAAUGCCCUCCCUGAUGGCUAUGAGGGACGUGACGAGUGAUCUCUCUCUCAGACCACCUCACACACUGGGACCAGUCUCUUUCUUCAAUUCAUUACUGUUACUGGACCACACUCCCCAAACUGUUUACUUUUCUCUAUUCUAUUAUGUUUACCUCUGUGCACCUGCCACAAGGUACCCAAAAUCUUAGUUAUGUUUUUCUGGACCAUUUAACACCAUUUCUGCUUAAUUUAAAUAAAAAUCAUUAUUACCUAAA